CGAGCAGAAGAGCUGCGUUCUCGAUAGACUCGCUCACUUCACCCACUGGGCGAGUAUGUAACCAAAGUAAGUGGCAUUUUGGAACUCAGUCGAGUGUUAUAUUUAUUUUCCUCGAGUGAGUUUGUAUUUUUCCCCCCUGUCGACAUGGGCAAUGGCAUCAACAAGGUCCUGCCUGACUUAUACUUGGGGAAUUUCAGAGACGCGAGAGACCGAGAACAGUUAGCCAGGAACAACAUCACCCACAUCCUGUCCAUUCAUGACACUGCAGCACCCAUCCUCCAGGAGAUGACCUAUCUCUGCAUUUCAGCGGCCGAUCUGCCCACGCAGAACCUGACUCAGCAUUUUAAACAAAGUAUCACGUUCAUGCACGAGUCCCGGAUAAAAGGAGAAGGCUGCUUGGUUCACUGUCUGGCGGGCGUGUCCCGCAGCGUCACCCUGGUGGUGGCCUACAUUAUGAUGGUGACCACACUGGGCUGGAAAGAGGCUCUGGCUGCAGUGAGGGUGGUCCGGCCCAGUGCGGGUCCUAACCUGGGCUUCGAGCGCCAACUCCAAGAGUUUGAGGCGACUCAAGUUGAUGAAUUCAGAGAUUGGCUCCAAAAGGAGUUCAAGAACCGCACUUUCAAGGAUGAAGAUGAUGUUCAGGAGCUGCUCGCCAGACCUUCUAAAGUCAACAGCGAGAAGGCUGAAAGCCAGUAACGGACCCCACAGGAAGCCUUGUGAGAUCUUUUUUUACGGGCGACUGACAUCCUUCUAUACUGUAAACCAGGGAUGUCAAACUGGUUUUCAUUGAGGGCCACAUGGCAGUUAUGGCUGCCGUCAGGGGGCCGCGUGUAACAGUGAAUUUUGCCUCUGGAUUUCAUUAAUAAUUGUAUAAAUAGUUUAACGUAGACUAUCAAUUUUACAGUAAAAACUUAACAUUUACAUUUUUUUACUGUAAAAUAUUGCGUUUUUUUUACGGUAAAUAUAAAAAAUAUUAACACAGUACAUCUGUUUUGUUUUUUGUUUUUUUUACGGUAAAAGCUGGCAGCAUAUUUGACAAUUUUUUUGUGUUAAAUUGACGUUGGUUUUUACAACAUUAUAUUGUGAAUGCAAAAACAGUACAUGUUCUUUUUUUAUUCUGGCAACUUAGCUGCCAGUUUUUCUACCAUUUACAGUAAUACACCGUUAAAAAACCCCCAAGAUUUUACAGUAAAAAUAUGGCAGCUCAGUCAACAGAAUUUCAACGCUAAAAAAUGGCUAGUAUGCUGUAAAAUCAUAAGUCAAGCAAAUAUUUAAGUAUUUAUUUUUAUUUAGACAUAAACAUGUUUGGAAAGUAUGAUAAUAUUCUGUAAUAUUUGUUCCAAUAAUGGAUACUAUUAAAGUUUAAAAGGUUUGCAAUUUCAA